AUGGUGCAACGGACAUAUCCCAGAGCUCAUGAAUAUGUAAAUGUCUCUGAUCUCCCCGCCUCCUGGGACUGGCGCAACGUUCAGGGCAAAAACUAUGUGAGCAUCACCCGCAACCAACACAUCCCACAGUACUGCGGCUCAUGCUGGGCCAUGGGGGCCACCAGCGCCCUCGCAGAUCGCAUCAACAUCAAGAGAAAGGGGGUGUGGCCUUCUGCCUACCUAUCUGUACAGAAUGUGAUUGACUGUGGAGAUGCAGGCUCGUGUUAUGGUGGAGAUCAUCUGACUGUUUAUAAGUACGCACAUCAUAAGGGCAUUCCCGAUGAGACCUGCAAUAAUUAUCAAGCUCGAAACCAAAAAUGCAACUCCUUCAAUCAGUGUGGCACAUGUUCAUCCUUUGGCUCCUGCGCCAUCGUUCAAAACUACACAGUGUGGAAAGUUGGAGAUUACGGCACCAUCAGAGGACGAGAGCGAAUGAAAGCUGAGAUCUACAAACAUGGACCAAUCAGCUGUGCUAUAAUGGCCACUAAAGGUCUGGAGGCUUAUGAAGGAGGGAUUUUUGCUGAAUUUCACAUUCUGUCUCUUCCAAACCACAUCAUCUCAGUGGCAGGAUGGGGCGUCACAGAAGACGGAACAGAAUACUGGAUCGUCAGAAACUCCUGGGGCGAGUUUUGGGGUGAGCUGGGCUGGGCAAGAAUUGUCACCGGUGCUUAUAAAGGUGGUGAAGGCCACUGGUAUAAUCUUGCCAUCGAGAGCAACUGCGCAUACGGAGACCCCAUUCUGGAGAAGAAUUAA